AUGAUGGUAUGGGGUUACGACAGGCGUCAUGACCCACGCUCGUUGGGACAAGGCUCUCACUUGAAUAUACGCUACAAGACCGCACUCGCGUCCCGCGAGAUCCGCCUCUGGGGUGACAACAUUUCGAAAUACGUGAAGAAUUCCGGGUUGAUGAUAAGGCUUUCUGUUCCAAUGAAUACGGACGCUCUCACCCUCCAUUCAACUAUCCCCAUGAUGAACGACUGCAGUCCAGCAACGGAGCAUGCUGGAUUGAAUCUUUCGUCCAGCAUGCAGUUGCAGCAUCCAGCAGCUGUACGGCACGAUCACUCGGACCAAGACAGCUUUUGCUGGAUCAAACAAGCGGAUAAACCUCCACUAGGUAUCGGUGAUUUUUUGAUCGGCUUCUUCGACGUCAUAUUUGAUGUAAAUUGGCAGGAUCCACACCGCUACAGCAUUGAAAACGUGCUUCAAAUCCAAGAUGAGAUCGUCAUUGUCGAAACCAAACUUGCUAGAGAAAAAAUAUUACUGAGAAUAAUCCUCGUCUCACCUCAACAAAUGGGCAGUCCUGCAGAGAUGACGUCUGUCUACAAGCGUCUCUCAGCUCUGUGGAUCACUAUGCCUAAUAACCUGGAAGGAUUUCCAGGGAAAUUGCUAUCUUUUUGUGGUCAGGCUGGAUUUGCAAGCGAGCAGCAACCAGAAACUGAACAAAAGCAAAAUGAUCCUGGAAACACUAUCGCCGACUCAAACAAGAUGAAUGACCCACUCAAAACGACAAGCGCCCAAAAACCACCACAAAGCAAUUUCUCGCUGUCAGGAAUCCCCAUGGCUUCUGUGAGUAUUGCCUCAACCGAAUUUCCGGAGCGCACACUAAUGAAUGUACAGCACUCUCCUUCACAGGAACAGCGUAUGGCAUCACACAGCGAAUCCUCAGACGGUAGACCAGCACUUUCUGUCUCGGCGGGGGGUUUUGUUAAUUCCCCGCUAGCACAAAGGAACAUUAUGGAAGCAAUACAUUUCAGAACCAAUCAACAGCAGGAAAUCCCUCAGCCAGGAAAAUUUUCGUCAUCAGAUACAGGACCUACAUAUUUUGCUCCGCAAAUGAAUACUUUGAAUGCUGACUGGGCUCAACAACAAAUGGGAUUCGGGUCAAAACUCCAACAGCCUCCGAAUACAUCAGUACCAAGAAAUGUCUACAUGCCCUCUCAGAAUCAAGGUUACUAUAGUUCUAUGCCCCAAUAUCAACAGUUUCAGAUGUCAUCUCCACUCUCAUCACAACAGCAAGCCAGCUUUCCAUCAGGUAACACACGUCUUCCGCAUCCAUAUUCCCAAGAAAGCUUUCCAAAUAUUCAAAUGGAAAACGCUUACUUGCCUCAAGGACCACCACAAUUUAUUUAUGGAAGAGGAUACUCAAAUGAUCAAGGCCAGCUCGAUCCACAAAAACUCUGGUCACAUCAAAUGAAAUACCCAGGGCAAUCAAAUGUUCCAAUGACAGGAAGCUCUCCCUCGAUAUUUGUGGGCCCAUCCGGACAGAACCUGCAGUAUAACCGAAUAAUGGCACAGCAGCUGCAACAACAGCAACGAGAGAUGCGUCCAAUGCAAACUCAUCCAGAGAUGCCCAACUUCAACAGUGCUGGAUCCAUGUGGUCAUCUAAUCCAUAUCAGCAGCUGACUCAGUCACAGAGUCAUAAUUUCCCCCAAAGAGUGGAUUUUAUGUCAAACCAAAGCCUUCAAAACACAGACCAACAAAUGGUAUUUUCAGGCAUAUCUCUACCAGGCAAUUUCUCUUCAAACCAGGGACCCUACUCUCCUUAUCAAGGACCGCGUGCCCAAGGCGGUGGUCAGGUCAAUGCACCUCGGGAAUGGGACAUGAGCCAUGGGAACCAGACGAUGACCCAGGCUGAUGAAGGGAUGCGUAGGGUCUUGUCUCAAUUCAUGAACUUGGUGAGGGCAAAUACAUCAGGAGGACCCCAGAAUGUGGAUGCUCUGUUGAAGCUUGUCAAGGAUGCUAAGAACGGGAAUCACGAUAAUGGUACAGCUGUGCAGGAGGAGGAGCAAGAGUUGACCCUGGCUGAGAAAAUGAAAGAGAAAUGCAAGAAAAUUGAUGGAUUUGUUUGGCAACUCAGGCGGAAGAAAGUGAUGGAAGAUGAAAAAAAUCGUUUGGCAAAGUAUGAUAUUGGCAAGCGACGAUCCGACGGAGGGGCGGGAAAGGUGCUCAUGCUCGUCGGUGCCACAGGAGCAGACCGCAUCCGCCUUACUCAGUGGCUCCACGUCGUCAAGAAAAAGCCGUGA